AUGUAUGCACUUCUUGUUUCGAUCGCCUUACCCCUUUUGCUCAUUUUAAUCGGCAAUUGCGCGCGCACCUAUUCCAACCCAUUGCACGUUGAGGAUUCUUUCUCGCACGGAGUUGCCACGUGGUAUGGAAGCCCCACAGGAUUUGGGAGCGCCGGUGCCUGUGGAUUCCAAAACGACGUGGAAAAUCCGCCGUAUAAUAGCAUGGUGGCUGCCGGAAACAAUAUUAUUUAUCAAUCCGGAAAAGGUUGUGGGGCUUGUUAUGAGGUGAAAUGCACUGACCAUCCGGCAUGCUCGGGUUUUCCUGUUACAAUAACCAUCGCGGAUGAGUGUCCGAGCUGCCAACAUGAUUCCCACCACUUUGAUCUUAGCGGAACGGCUUUCGGUUGCUUAGCCAAGCCCAAUCAAGCUGAUACACUACGAAAAGCCGGAAAAAUCAACAUUCAUCAACGACGAGUACAAUGUCAUUACCACACGGACAUAAAGUUCAAGCUCGACCAAGGCGCGAAUCCAUACUAUCUUGCUUUCUUGGUCGAACACAUGAGUGGAGACGGAGACGUAUCCUCAGUCGAGGUGUUGACUUCAAAUUCCAAAGGUAAGUGGAUGUCGAUGCAACGAAGUUGGGGCGAGACAUGGAAGAUGGAUAUGCCUGAUGGGAUGAAAGGCCCUUUUACUGUGAGGCUUACCACCGUAAAAUCGGGCAAACAGAUCGUGGCGAAAGAUGCCAUUCCGGCUGACUGGUAUCCCGGCCAGAAAUGUGAAUCCAAACUUACACUUGAAUGA